CGUCCACCAUUCCUCCCACCUUCAAGCGCAUCCACACACACACACACCACAGACCACCUCUCCCCGCCCAAGCAUCCCCAUCCGCAUCCUCAUCCAUGGCCCCCAAGGCAGCCGAGAAGAAGCCGGUGGAGAAGACCCCGGCGGGGAAGAAGCCCAAGGCGGAGAAGAAGGUGCCGGCGUCCAAGGAGGGCGGCGGGGACAAGAAGGGCAAGAAGAAGGCCAAGAAGAGCGUGGAGACGUACAAGAUCUACAUCUUCAAGGUGCUGAAGCAGGUGCACCCGGACAUCGGCAUCUCCUCCAAGGCCAUGUCCAUCAUGAACUCCUUCAUCAACGACAUCUUCGAGAAGCUGGCCGGCGAGUCGGCCAAGCUGGCGCGCUACAACAAGAAGCCCACCAUCACGUCCCGCGAGAUCCAGACCUCCGUCCGCCUCGUCCUCCCCGGCGAGCUCGCCAAGCACGCCGUCUCCGAGGGCACCAAGGCCGUCACCAAGUUCACCUCCGCCUGAUUCGGUCCUGUCCCUGUGUGUGUCUUCCUGGUGGAUGGAUCGAUGUCGCCCUGUAGUUUCCUGCUCGGACUUUGUCCUCUUGUAACUUGUGCUGGCUGUGUCUUGUGUGGGAUCAUAUUUCAUGAUCUGGAGAAAUAGUAGCAGUGCUUAUUUCA